ACCAAGGAGAGACGAGCAAGAGCGGAGCAAAGAGGGUCUGCGGUCGGGGGUGGGCUGAGAACUGGGGCCGAGGCCUAAGUGGAGCCGGGGAAGGGCCAGCAUGGCUGACUACCGUGUCCCGCCGUCUGCCCGCAGAGUCCAGUUUGAAGAACCGCAGGGUGAAGCCUGCGUUGCCAGCUCUGGUGCUGACCCGCUCCCUUCAACCCCGGUUCGGCUCAGAGACGCCGGGUCUUUCGCUCCAGAGCCUGAAGACACACGCUCACUGUUCAGUCCCGAUCUUAAAGUUAAGUGCGCGGGCUGCGAUGCUAACACUACAUCUGUCGCUCCAAAGCCGGGCUCCAGGAGUUCUUUGUGUGAUAACGUGAAUGCAUCCCUCGUUAGAAACUCAUGUGUCGAUCCCGCUGACAUCUGUGAUAACCGCUGUUUUACUGAGUUACGUGAUGAUUUCAACCCUUCUCGUGCUUUGUCACUCGAUUCUAAGGAUUCGAUAUGUUGUGAGAUCAAUUUAACCUCCGAAUGCAGAAGCACAAGUGAUGGUCACACGCAGUCCAUUGCUCCAAAAGUUGAGGGGAAAAAGGAAAUGAGAGGUGAUGAUCCCAUUUCUACAAACACUCGAAAGACGGCGGAUGGAAAGUGUUCUCCCUGUGUGAAUCCUGGAAACCCUGUCUUUUCCUGCAUGGAAAAAAUCAUGACGUCGCCGCAUCCCCCGACUCCAUUCGUGAAACUCCAGAAUCCGCUCUACAGAACCACUUCUGCCGACUAUGGAUCCAACAAUCCGACUUGUGACAUUGCACCUUCCGUCUACAAGCCGUUGUCACAGUCCUUCUCAGAAGUGCUCUGCACUACUGGGAUGUAUCGUAACCGCUCCCUGAAUACAGGGCUAGAUAAGAAGAGAGUUCACGACUUACUCCAAAUGUGAUUUUGAGGCCUGUCGGAAAAGUACUUUGUAAUUAUGUUUUGAAACUAUUUUGAUAAUGAAGACAAGUGCUCAUCUUGAUCAAUUUUACCUGACAUUGUAAUGGCGUGUGUUUAAGUAUGUAAAUCCUGAGUGUAGUUUGCAAAUGAUUGUCAUUUUCUAUGUUCAUAUUCAGUAUACCAGCCUUUAAUAUAAAUGGUUCGGACUUGCGCUAUAUGUCAUCUGGUUUCCACAUGCAUUCUCUCUGAACUUGACAUCCAUAAAUGGAAAGGAAUAGAAUACAAGAGACCAUUCAACUCAGCGUCUCUUCAUCCUAAUACAGGUUGAGUCCUCCUGGGGCUGGAACUGUUUCAGAUUUUGGAUUUUUCAUAUAGCUUGAGAUCGCCAUCAUUUCCAACUCAUGAUUUAUGUGCUAUCAUUAAACAGUCUUUGUCUUGCACUUGUUCA